GCCUUACCUAUGCUUCGGGGAGCUACGGUAUUUUCCAAACUGGAUCUGCGGUCCGGAUACUGGCAGAUACGGAUGGCGGACAACUCUAUCCACAAAACUGCUUUUCGAACUCGGUACGGAUCGUACGAGUAUUUGGUCAUGCCGUUCGGACUCACCAACGCGCCGGCAACGUUCCAAGCCGAAAUGAACCACAUUCUACGACCACUUUGGACGAAUGCGUGGUGGUGUACCUGGACGACAUACUCAUCUACUCGCGGCGACAUGAAGCAGCACGUCGAACACCUGCGACGC